AUGGAAGAGAAGCAGAAGUAUGCUAAAGAAGUUGAGAGCAGAGAAGGUUAUGGGAGUGACAUGGUUUCUGCACAAAAUCAAGUACAGGACUGGAAUGACCGAUUGGUUCUUUCACUAAUCCCGGAAGACCAACGACAGCUCCGAUUCUGGCCUCAAAACCCUGCAAAUUUUAUGGAGAUUAUAUCUGAGUACACCACAAACUUACAGCAGAUGACUGCGGUUGUCCUCAAGGCAAUGGCUAUGUCCCUAAACUUGGAUGAUCACUGUUUUCUGAAAAAAUGCGGAGUUGGAGCAAGAAUGGGAUCAAGAUUUAAUUUCUAUCCUCCUUGUUCGAGGUAUGAUCUAGUUCUAGGCCUGAAACCGCAUUCAGAUUCAUCGGCAAUUACUUUUGUCCUUCAAGACACGGAAGUUGAAGGCCUUCAAAUUCUGAAAGAUGAUCAAUGGUUUAGAGUUCCUAUCAUUCCUGAAGCUCUUCUCAUUAACAUUGGCGAUCAAGUAGAGAUAAUGAGCAACGGAAUGUUCAAGAGUCCGGUACAUAGGGUGGUGAUAAACCCCGAAAGGGAGAGGUUAUCUCUAGCUGUAUUUUAUCAUCCAGAUCCUGAUAAUGAGAUCGAGCCUUUAGAUGGAUUGGUCAACGAGACAAGGCCUAGACUUUAUAAGAAGGUGAGAAAUUAUGUUGGCCAUUUCCUUCAAUAUUACCUGCAGGGAAAGAGACUGAUUGAAGAUAUGAAAAUCUAAUUUUUUUCUAAGAAAAAAUCCUUUUCCAUUGGGAAAAAUUGUCAAAUCUUCAAUAAGUUACCAACUUAUCAGAUUGAUGAUAUUGCCGAGUAACUUGCAAAUAUCAGAAGGAAAUUGCUUCAAGUCCUUCAAGAGCAUUCAGCUUUGAUCACUUCAUUUCGUACCUCGAACAGAGAACGCCACUGGCUCUUCUUGUAAUGGUUCUUGAAUAACAUGUCUCUGCUGCAUUCUGCUCUGCUCUUAUUUAUAGCUCUUUUUAUCUUUUCUGCUCCCAGUAAAUGUAAAACUAGGCAUAUUUGGCUAAUGACAUAAACAAAAUUCCAUGCAAA